GCGCUACUGUAACAUGGCGGCGGUGUCGGCAUCUUUGCGUUCCGAAACCGCUACUGUAACACCGGAAAAUGUCGAAGGUAUCCCCCGUAACGCUUGGAUGGUAAGACCAUGCGAGUGGUACAACGAAGAGCUUUCGGACUGCAAAAGCAUUAGGGGACGCUUUCACCAGUACUUCAUCGAUGGAACCACGCUAGACUGCAGUCAGUGGCGCAAGGACUUCGAUAACUGCCUCCUCUGGAGAAAAAGCAAGGACGUCGAUGCGCUUAAUGCUGUGGUGAAGAGUGAGGAGAAGAGGAAGCACGACCGCCUAAAGGCCAGUCGAGACAACGACGUCUGGCAGCUGAGGUCCAAGCCUCCCGAAGACUGGAACGCACCCGUUCCUGAAUGGAUGGCCAAGAAAUUCGAGCAGAGUUACAUUGCUGCUGUUGCAAAGAAAGAGGAAGCCAAGAGUUCCUGCUGCAUCUCAUGACAGCCGAUGCUGUUGACCAUUUCACUACGUCGCAGAGACAAUACAUAGAUAGGCUAAAUAAACAAAAUUAGGCUUUCUCACCUUUCAA